CCGCCCCGCCCGACACGCCCACCACGCCCCGUUGGGCCGCUACAUAAAGGGGUGGCUCGCAGGCCCCGCGGAGAGCUCCGUCCUCCUCCCACGAGUAGCCCGAUUCCCGCGGCCUGAGCCUGGAAAGAGAACCGGCGAGUCCUUGGGAUGUUCGCCAAGGCCACCAGGAAUUUUCUGAGAGACACUGACCCAGGAGGGGACCUGAUCCCCGUGUCGAGCCUGAAUGACUCGGACACGUUGCAGCUUCUGAGUCUGGUGGUGAAGAAGAAGAAGUUUUGGUGCUGGCAGAGACCCAAGUAUCAGUUUUUAUCAGUCACCAUCAAUGACAUCCUGACCAAAGAUCAAUUUCUGAACCCAGUUGUGGUUGAGUCGGACUUCGUGAAGUACGAAGGCAAGUUCGAAGAUGUUGUGAAGGGCACCGUGGAGACCGCGCUGGGGAGGCUCACCCUGAACGCCGGAGGCUUGGGCUUGGUGGAGAGCCAGUCCUCCUUUGGGACGCUGCGGAAGCAGGAGGUGGACCUGCAGCAGCUCAUCAGGGAGGCCGCAGAGAGGACAAUCAAUCUGCAGAGCCCCGUGCUGCACCAGGUCCUGGAGCACAAGAACGAGGUCCUGUGCGUCGUGACGCAGAAGAUCGUGACCACGCAGAAGUGUGUGAUCUCCGAGCACGUCCAGAUAGAGGAGAAGUGCGGCGGCGCGCUGGGGCUCAAGACCAAGAGGGUGGAGGUUUCUGUGAGCGAAGAUGGGAAUGUGACACGAGAUUCCAACGUGGUCCUCGAGAUCCCCACGGACACCCCCAUCGCCUUCAGGGUCCUGGAGCUCUAUGUCAAGGAAGAUGGGCAGUUUGAAUUCUGUUUGCUGCACGAGAAACAAGGCGGCUUUGAGCGAGGGAGCACGGACGGCCGGGACCACCUGGACGCUGGGAUCUUUGGAGAGUUCAUCUUCCCCUUCGUGCCAGACUCCGUGGACGGGAAAUCUGAGGCCGUGAAGCUCACGCCCGUUGAGGGCCCGUUAAGUGCCUUAAAACACGGGAUGCUGGUCUUGGAGAGGAAUUUCCGCCCUUUUGUGGAGCUGUCAGGCCAUCACCGAGCAGCUCUGUGUGAAAUCCUCUGGGAAGUGCUGCUUGACGAUGAAUUGGUGGUGGCCCUGGACACCGUGCUCAGUGACGUCCUGGCCGGCGGGCGCCCGCGGCUCUGGGCCCUGCCGGGGCUGAGCCCGGGCCAGCAGCAGCAGCUCGCCGCUUUCCUGGGCCUGGCCGGCCUCCACGUGCAGGAGGACUCGCGGGUGCGGCGGGACGCGCGGGCCCCUCGGGAGCUGCUGAGCACCGCUCACUUCCUCGUCAGCGCCCUGGCAGAGAUGCCGGACGACACGGUGGCUCUGAUGGGCGUUUGCUGCCAGCUCCAUCUGAUACCGACCUUGUGUCACUUGCCUCAGGUGACGUCCGCUGACGGCGUUUCCGAACUCGGGGAUCCCAGCCUGGCCCCCCUCAGUGAUGCAGGAAGCUUUGAGGUUGUGCAGAAGCUGUUUGCCUUGUCCCACAUCAGCCUGGAGCGGAGGGAGGCGCACGUGGAAGCCGUCAUCAUGAAACGGCCCCAGUAUCUCCCCCUCGUCCUUUAUAUCACCCUGCAUGGACUUUGUGCUUUAGAAGGAAAAGCCGAGUGAGGGGAUCGGGCAAAGGCCCAAGUGCUGCUGAGGGCUGCUCGCUCCAGGGCUCGCUCGGCCUUCAGGAGACCCAAUGCUGCUCACGGGACAAAUGAAAAGGAAGAGACCCCCUCCCAGACCCUCUCCCCCCCACCCCCGGUUAGGGUUUCCUUUUACAAGACUCGUUCCCUCCUGAGGUAAAAGGCCUCCUGACAUUUGUAACAUUAGAAUCACGGACUGUAGAAAGGGGGGGGGGGAGAGAAGGAGUCUGGGGGACGGCCACCCACCAUCGUCCACAUGUGCCUGGGGCCCUGGGUCCUGACUGAGGGGGCACAAGAGACCUUGUCUGCCUGUGGGACAGCGACCUCGUCUGUGUGACAGAGCGACAGGGGGAGGCUGCCGAGCCAUCCUGCCUCCUUCCAAGGGAGCAGGAAGACCCCGCUGUGACCCCUGGUCUAGCCACUGCCAGCUGGGUCCUGGCUUCCUCCGCUGCUGUCCGAGCUCCUGUGAGCCAGAGGCAGUUUACAGCCUUCCUUUCCCCUGCAGUCCCGAUGUUUAAUUUACAAAACCUUGAUUUCUAAACUGCGUCGUACCUGUGUCUGCUCCAGCCUCUCUUCCCGGACAGUGCUGGGAGCCGAGGAGACGUCCCCAAGCUGGGCUGCCCUGCUCCCUCACCAGCCUGGCACCCCUGGCCAGGUGCCCUUUGUCCUUCCGCCAGAGCACCCGUCUGCUAACUGGACAGCCCCAGCCCGUGGGGAGCUAGCGCUGAAGAAAGGCUCCCAGCCGCUUCCAAUAAUAAGUCUUUAUUUCUUUAUAUAUACAAAAAUAUUUCAUUGGGAAUAGGUAAAUCUCCGAUUUUGUACAUUUCGGUAAUUGGCAUCAUGGACAAUACAUGAGCAAGACAUGAAACAGUGAAGGGGAGGGCUGGGGAAGACAGGGGCAGAGCCAGCCUCGGGGCGCGUGUCCCUUUCCCCGGGAGCCGUGGUGGCCGGGACAGCCCGGAAAGUAGCAGCAGUAGGCUUUAGGAACGUAUGGGGCUGGGAUCCGGCGCGGGUUCACGCUUGCAGCCGCCAAGCUUUCUGCCCUCAGUUUUUCAAACUGCUCUUCUACACGUGUGCAAAAGCUGAUCCUAAAAACCAUGCAUUUUAAUGUGUAGAA